AGAAGCUCAUUCUGUUGAUUUUUUAAAUCUAUGUACUUUAUCUGGAGGAAAGAUUCAAGUUGUUUCUUUCAGGUUACUGAUAGGAUUGUAUGAUCUAAAUAUCGUUUUUCUUCACCCAUGCAUUGAUUUUAGAAGAGGUAUACUUAUGACCUUUGGUUUGAAAUAUUUAAAGAGUUUUAUUAUUAUCCUUUAGGUUGACUACACUCCUGCCAGCAUGUCUUGCCAGCAAAACCAGCAGCAGUGCCAGCCCCCUCCCAAGUGUCCUCCCAAGUGUACCCCAAAAUGUCCACCUAAGUGUCCCCCCAAAUGCCCACCCCAGUGCCCAGCUCCAUGUUCCCCUGCAGUCUCUUCCUGCUGUGGUCCCAGCUCUGGGGGUUGCUGUGGUCCCAGCUCUGGGGGUUGCUGCAGCUCUGGGAGUGGUGGCUGCUGCCUGAGCCACCACAGGCCCCAUCUCUUCCACCGGCGCCGGCACCAGAGCCCAGAUUGCUGUGAGAGUGAACCUUCUGGGGGCUCUGGCUGCUGCCACAGCUCUGGGGGCUGCUGCUGA